UGGAGUACGAGCCUGAUCCUUCACACUUAUAGUAUAAAUGGUAUCACUAUUAUACUGACACAUUUAUAUAUAAUAGCGUGUGAGAAACUAACAAGCUACAUAUAUGGAAAAGUUACUAGCACUUAUUCUUCUGAGUCUCUUUGUAAGUGAAUAUUUUACGGUAAAGAACAAUUGUAUAUGUACAUGUAUACACAGGGAGCAGUAACAAGUGAGUUCAUACUGACAGUCAAGUUGAUCAACUACACCAACCCAACCGGACUGUGUGCUGAAUGUCAGAGACCUCUGAAUACAAGCCAUCCUACAGACACAAUACCAGUGUGCUGUGAUGAACAACCAUUAAAAUUUGGCAACUGUAACAACACAGGAGAGGAGAGAUGUGACACCAGGUUCCGUUGGAUCAUCAGACCAUUCGGUGCAUCACUGGAGACAAGACCCCCCAGCAUACCCAAUGCUGACAACCCUCCCUACUUCUUUAAAGACUGUACAAUGUCCACCAGCACUUGCCCAUUCAAUGAAAUGAGCACAACAUUCGGUCAAGGUCCAACAGCACUACUGGGAGUAGCACCCAAUCCUCUACCUGUUUCAAGCACACAUUUUACUGUAUGGACAGUAAGUUCACGUUCAAUUCACCUACCAUUUAUAAUUAUUUAUAUACAUGCAUGCAUGCAUGUAGGGGCAGAUUCAGUUUCUUAUAGAAGCCGUGGAUAGUGGACUCCCGAACAUAAUAGACAGUCUGUUGAUUGACCUGGACAACCUCCAACUUGGAGCAGACUUCACUGAGGAGAUGACGUUCACUGGAUUCCACAACAUAUCUCACAUGACCAUGAGUUUCAGAGUCAAAUGCUCUCCUGGUUUCUGUGGACCUCACUGUACUACCACACCUCAGAACAAUCCACGAGUGGCGACAUGUCAAACUAAUGGCACUCUAACAUGUACUGAAAACAGAUUUGACCCUUCACCUCUUGUAGCUUGCAACGACUGCCUCUACAACCUGGAUAUUACUACAGACUGCUCCACUUGCGUACAGACCAACUAUGACCCAACCACCAACUGCACAGCUUGUCUUAACUUAUUUGAUAAACUAAAAAACUGCACACAGUGUCUACCUAACAGAAAUUACUCUACCAACUGCACCCAGUGUCUAUCAGGCUGGGAUAUCACCUCGGACUGCACUAGUUGCCUACCCAACAGAGACCCAGUCACCAACUGCUCCCUCUGCCUACAACCAGACAGGUUCACUGAUACAGAUUGCAGUGUGUGUGCUCUACCAGGAGGGGACCCAGCAACACUCUGUCAAACAUGCCUUUCUCCCGGGAAAGACCCAAACAAAAAUUGUACCUGUAAAGAUAACUACGAUGAAAGUACAGAUUGCUCCACUUGUGUGCCUGGUUGGGACAGUAACUAUGACUGCAGUGUGUGUCUCACUGGGAGGAACAUGUCUACAGACUGCACCACCUGUAUCCCUGGUUACUCGGGAGAAGAAUGCGUACUAGUGCCAUCUGAGAUAAGUGCCAUCUCUGGAGGCGUGAUCGGUGUGCUACUACUUGUGAUACUCACACUAGUAAUGAUCAUUGCUAUACUGGGGGUCUACAUCAAAACAAGAGGAAAAGAAAACUCAUUCAACAUAGACACAGCGGACAUUGAGGUGGUAGAGAAUACAGGGUAUGGAGUGGGCACUCCUGGCAGGACUACAACUGGUGGUAUUGAGUUGAACCUAGUGUGUAGUAACGAGGCAGCAGAUCAUGGGAACCAGCCAGAGGAGAAUGAAAACGAACAAUCUUCUGUCUAUGACUAUGUGAUAUCUUAAAAUGACUGCAUACAUGCUACAUGCACGUAGUGCUACUAAAUACUUUAAGAGGACACACCAGUAACUGAAACACACUAUCACAACUGUGCACAUGUUAUGUACUGUGUUUGUAUGUAUAUAUAUCACACUUCUUAUGCUACUUAAGUCAUUAUGUUAAAACUCAGAAACUGCACACUAUAAUUGUAUUGUCCAAGUGGCUAUCAACCUGAUUUUCACAUUAUGUAAUUUCAUGAGUACACAUCGCAUUGUAGUUA